GAAGGAGAAUUGGCGCGAAGAAAAGGUAAAAACCGAAAAUAACGAACCGGAAAGUAAGGAAAGGUGUAAGGAAGCAAAAGCAAAGGCUGGUAGAGCAUUUGAAUUGUCAAUCGCAGGUUUUGAGGGCAGAGGAGUAUGACUGAGCAAGCAUUCCAAUUGAAAAAUAGUAAAAGAAAAAACCAUUCCAAGGUAGGCGAGACAAAGGAGAAAAGAGGAGAGACUGAGAGAAGUUUGAUUGGAGAAGGACGGGAUCUAAUGCAAUGCACCAUCUCUAGUCCUCGCCCUUCUCUCACAAACUUUCUCCUUUCCUAAUACAACAGGCUUCUCCUCUUAGGCGAGCAGUUACAGGUGGCAAGUUUUUCGGUGUGUUCCAGCUUUAAUUAGUUCCGGAAAUGGCAUCACCUCCUGUGACUGCUCCGUCGCCGGAAUCCGAAUCUCCACCCUCCCCUCCGACAUCAUCAUCGCCGCCUCCAUCAUCAUCCUCAUCAUCUCCACCACCACAGUCAGCACCGUCGCCGCCGCCACCUAAGUCAAACCCUUCAACACCCCCUCCAACGACCACCCCCUCUCCCCCACCCCCAGAUGCAAAGUCACCGCCUCCGGAUGAAAAGUCGCCAGCCCCACCGAAAAAUUCCUCUCCCCCAACACCCUUAUCUUCUCCGCCUCCAUCGUCAUCAGAUGAUGAAGGCACUCCUAACCGUUCGCCACCCAAUUCAUCUCCGCCAUCCGUGGUCCCACCACCACCACCGCAAAAAACAACACCUUCUUCUCCCCCCAAGGCCUUGUCGCCUCCAACGCAUUCGAAGAGCCCGACCCCAUCCAACCACAGUUCUAGCAAAUCUCCACCGUCACACAAUCGUGAUUCCUCUGAUGAUCUGAAUGUAUCUCUUAUUGUUGGACUUUCAGUGGCCGCCUUAAUUCUCGCUGCAUUGAUCAUCUCUCUCGUAUGCUGUAUGAGGAAGAAGAAGAAGAAGAGACCCCAAAAUCACAUGCAGUACUAUCCAGAUCCUUCCCGUGGUGGGCCUAAAGGUAGUAACUAUUAUAACAGCGGUCCAAAUUGGUACAAUUCACCGCAAUCGAUGGACCAUGUGAUUAAGGUCCCUCCUCCUCCUGGGGCAAUGGGCCCACAGGGCGGCAUGUGGCCAUCACCCCCACCGCCACCACCCACGCACAGCAGCGACAUGAGCUCCAACUAUUCGGGUCCACACCAUCCCCCUCUACCUCCACCUUCCCCGAGCCUUGCACUGGGGUUCAAUAAGAGUACUUUCACAUACGAUGAGCUAGCUUCUGCUACAGGCGGGUUCUCUCAGGCUAACCUCUUAGGCCAGGGCGGGUUCGGGUAUGUUUACAAGGGGCUGCUACCCAAUGGAACGAAGAUCGCAGUGAAGCAGCUCAAGUCGGGCAGUGGGCAGGGAGAACGCGAGUUCCAGGCAGAGGUCGAGAUCAUCAGUCGGGUCCACCACCGCCACCUCGUGUCGCUUGUCGGAUACUGUAUUGCAGGCGGGCAGCGGAUGCUGGUCUAUGAGUUCGUUCCUAAUAAUACCCUUGAGCACCACCUACAUGGAAGGGGCAGUCUCACCAUGGAUUUUCCUACCAGACUUAAGAUUGCAUUAGGAUCGGCCAAAGGACUUGCAUAUCUUCAUGAAGAUUGUCACCCGAAGAUUAUCCAUCGUGAUAUUAAAACUGCUAACAUUCUCUUGGACAACAAUUUUGAAGCCAUGGUGGCGGAUUUUGGACUGGCCAAGCUGUCGUCGGACAACCACACUCAUGUUUCGACACGUGUCAUGGGGACAUUUGGGUAUUUGGCUCCCGAGUACGCAUCGAGUGGCAAGCUAACUGAGAAAUCUGACGUCUUCUCGUAUGGUGUCAUGCUCCUGGAGCUGAUCACCGGACGGCGGCCUGUUGAUACUACUAACACCUACAUGGAUGAUAGCUUAGUAGAUUGGGCAAGGCCGUUGCUAACCCGAGCAUUGGAGGAAGGGAACUUCGAUGAGCUAGUUGACCCGCACCUACAGAAUAACUUCGACCCCAAUGAGAUGGUGCGCAUGGUAGCUAGCGCUGCUGCAUCUGUUCGCCACUCGGCAAGGAGGCGCCCGAAAAUGAGCCAGAUAGUACGAGCGCUAGAAGGCGAUGUCUCGCUCCAAGACUUGAAUGAAGGGGUGAAACCUGGGCAAAGUUCGGCAUUUGGGUCGGCCGGGAGUGUGGACUAUGACACUGGCUCAUACAAUGCAGACAUGAAACAGUUCCGGAAAGUGGCGUUGGCGAGUCAAGGGUUUAUGAGCAGCGAGUACAGCGGGCAUUCCAGCGAUUUGGGCCGCGAUGUCUCGAGUAGCGAUGGCACAAACUCACGUGAAAUGAACCAAAGGCGCAGCCCUUAAGCAACUGAACCACGUCAGAUUAUCGAUAUUUAUUUUCUCUUCCUCUUUCUUCUUCUUUUUUUUGUCCCAAAUCAAUACAAAAGAAAAAAAAGAAAAGAAAAGAAAAUAGAUCAUCUUCGCUGUAUUAUUCUGUUUUUAGGAUUGAUGAGCGGAAUGAUACUUUGGGUUUAUGCGUGUGGCUGUGUGCAUCUCUUAUCUGUGGAGGCAGAAAAUUUCCUAUUUUCUAAUCUAGUUUUAUUUUUUAAAAAUUCUUUUUUUAUGGGAUUGUUUUCUUUUCUUCUCACCGUCCAUUAAACACGGGCAGGAAUCCCAACGCAAUUUGCAUGGGAUCCCCACCCAUUACAAAUGGAUGUUGACGCUA